UUAAGAGGACUUGGAGCUGGUCCUCGCCUUGAGGAAUCAGUGGCUUGUUUGAAGAAGCCACUUCUGAUUGAGGAAUCUACCCAGCAUGCCUAAUCAAGGAGAAGACUGCUAUUUUUUUUUCUAUUCUACAUGUACCAAAGGUGACAGCUGCCCAUUCCGUCACUGUGAAGCUGCACUAGGAAAUGAAACUGUUUGCACAUUAUGGCAAGAAGGGCGCUGUUUUCGACAGGUAUGCCGGUUUCGGCACAUGGAAAUUGAUAAGAAACGCAGUGAAAUUCCUUGUUAUUGGGAAAAUCAGCCAAUGGGAUGUCAAAAACUAAACUGCGCUUUCCAUCACAACAGAGGACGUUAUGUUGAUGGCCUUUUCCUACCUCCAAGCAAAACUGUGUUGCCCACUGUGCCUGAGUCACCAGAAGAGGAAGUGAAGGCUAGCCAACUCACAGUUCAACAGAACAAAUUGUCUGUCCAGUCUAAUCCCUCCCCUCAGCUGCGAAGUGUUAUGAAAGUUGAAAGUUCUGAAAACGUUCCUAGUCCCACACAUCCACCAGUUGUAAUUAAUGCUGCAGAUGAUGAUGAAGAUGAUGAUGAUCAGUUUUCUGAGGAAGGUGAUGAAACCAAAACACCUACUCUGCAACCAACUCCUGAAGUUCAUAAUGGAUUACGAGUGACUUCUGUCCGGAAACCUGGGAUCAAUUUAAAGCAAGGUGAAUCUUUGAAUUUUGGAAUAAAAACUCUUGAGGAAAUUAAGUCAAAGAAAAUGAAAGAAAAAUCUAAGAAGCAGGGUGAAGGUUCUUCAGGAGUUUCCAGUCUUUUACUUCACCCUCAGCCCAUUCCAGGUCCUGAAAAAGAGAAUGUCCGGACUGUGGUGAGGACAGUAACUUUGUCUAGCAAACAAGGAGAAGAACCAUUGGUUAGAUUGAGUCUUACUGAGAGACUGGGGAAACGAAAAUUUUCAGUUGGUGGUGAGAGUGAUCCUCCAUUAAAACGUAGCCUUGCGCAGAGGCUAGGGAAGAAAGUUGAAGCUCCAGAAACUAACACUGACAAAACAUCAAAGAAAGUUCAAGUUUCUAAAUCUCUGAAAGAGCGAUUAGGCAUGUCAGCUGGUCCAAAUAAUGAAGAGGCAACUGAGAGAGUCAAUAAAGUUGAUGAGAUCCAUGUGAAGACAUUAGAAGAAAUUCUUCUUGAAAGAGCCAGUCAAAAACGUGGAGAAUUGCAAACUAAAAUCAAGACAGAAGGACCUUCAAAAGCCGAUGAUUCUACUUCAGGAGCAAGAAGUUCAAACACUAUCCGAAUCAAAACCUUCUCUGAGGUGCUGGCUGAAAAAAAACAUCGGCAGCAGGAAGUAGAGAAACAAAAAUGCAAAAAAGAUGCAACAUGCAUCAAACUAAAGACUGAUAGUGAAAUUAAAAAAACAGUCGUUUUGCCACCCAUAGUUGCCAGCAAAGGGCAAUCAGAGGAGCCUGCGGGUAGAACGAAGUCCAUGCAGGAGGUGCACAUCAAGACGCUGGAGGAAAUUAAACUGGAGAAGGCACUGAGGGUGCAGCAGAGCUCUGAGAGCAGCACUAGCUCCCAGCCGGAGGCCACCCCAGGAGCAAGGCGGCUGCUCCGAAUCACCAAAAGAGCAGGAAUGAAAGAAGAGAAGAAACUUCAGGAAGGAAGUGAAGUUGCUUCGCAGAGCAAUGUUACUAGAACAGAAGCUAAAGAGGCUUCAGAUGAGACCGCAGGGGUUGACAUCACUAAAAUUCAAGUCAAGAGAUGUGAGACUUUGAGAGAGAAGCAUAUGCAGAAACAGCAGGAGAGGGGAGUGAUACAGAAGGAGAAGUCAGUCUUGACACCCCUUCAGGGAGAUGUAAGCUCUUGCAAUACCCAAGUGGCAGAAAAACCAGUGCUCACUGCUAUGCCAGGCGUCGCACGGCACCUGACCAAGCGGCUUCCCACAAAGUCAUCCCAGAAGGUGGAAGUAGAAACUUCAGGGAUUGGGGACUCAAUAUUAAAUGUGAAAUGUGUAGCACAGACCUUGGAGAAAAGGAGUAAAGCUAAACCCAAAGUGAAUGUAAAACCCUCUGUGGUUAAAGUUGUUUCAUCCCCGAAAUUGGCUCCAAAACACAAGGCAGUGGAGGUGCACCCUGCCGUCAUUGCAGCGGUGAAGCCCCUCAGCUCCAGCAGUAUCCUACAGGAAAGUCCAGCCAAAAAAGCUGUGGUUGUUGUCCCGGUCCUGUCUGAGGACAAAUCAGUAACUAUACCUGAGGCAGAAAUACCUAUAGACAGUCUUGUGCUGCCUGCAACCCAGUCUUCCUCGGAUCCCUCACCCCCAGAGGUAUCUGGCCCCUCCUCAUCCCAGAUGGGCACGAAAACUCGCCGACUCAGCUCUGCCUCAACAGGAAAACCCCCUCUAUCUGUGGAGGAUGAUUUUGAGAAACUAAUAUGGGAAAUUUCAGGAGGCAAAUUGGAAGCUGAGAUUGACUUGGAUCCUGGGAAGGAUGAAGAUGAUCUUCUGCUUGAGCUGUCAGAAAUGAUUGAUAGCUGAAGGUGGCAGUGAGAACACUUAAAAAAAAAAAAAAACUCGCCAAAAAACUGGACUUAGUUUCAUCUAUUGUAAUAUUUACCUGAGAUGAUCAUUUCUUUAGUCUAGAAUUUGCCCUAAAUCAGAAGUAUACCUCUGAAUUACCUGUAUGUGUCCUGGAUUCCUUGGGGUCAAGUUCUUAAAGUCACUCGAUAACCAUUUUGUCCAUUUGAUGCCAUUAUUUAGCAUCUUAGAGAAAAAUGUUCUGUCAUACCCUUCUAUCCAGAAGAGACUGAGAAGGAGAUCUAAGUGAAAGUGUGCAAGAGAAUUUAGUGACUCCUUGAGGUGUUUGUCAGUUUUGGCUUUUUUCCCCCUUUGUUGUAUUCUUUCUUUCAUGUAUUGUCUUAUUGUAUUUAAUAUUACCUGAGUUUGAAAUGGAUGAAGACAGCUGCUACCAUUACGGACCAAAUUUCAUGCUACCACUAAACAAAAAUCCCCACUCAGUGUGUUAAAUUGUAUGUCUUUUUAAAGGUAAUUGGAGAGUCAACUAAGCUUUAAAGAGUGCUGGGCAGCUCAGGAAGCCUGUAAUAUGGACAUAACUCUUUGGACCUGAUUAUGAUGCUUCUACUGCUCUGUUAGCCUCUGAAGAGCAAUAUCUAAUUUAUUAUUACUGUAAUCUUUUAAGGCUUUAAAGUGCCUCAGGGAUCCCCUGAAACUAAUUUUCUAUUUCUUGGGACUCCCUGGAUUCAUUAUAAGAGAUGGCAAUGUGGUUUUGAGAAAUUGAGAAUUUUUUUUUUUAGUAUGAAAAUUGUCCCUUCUCUUCAGUACUUGCCUCCUUUUGAAUUAUCACAGGGACAAAAAUCGGUUAAUGUUUUAUUUCUAACUCUCCCAGCAAACUCCUUGCCCAGUAUUUAUUUGAUGCCCUUUUAACUCCUUGAGGGACAAAAAGAAACUCACUCAAACUGCCAAUAUUUAUCUUUGGGCCAUAGAAGUACAGUGAAUUGUACUGUGGCAGGGUUAUUGAGAUGCUCUGGGGGUGUAUUGUAUACCUGCCAGUCUUCUUCAUUACUGAAUUGAAUUUUCUUUUCUUGCUGUUAGUCUCCUUCAUAUCACCUCAAGGUUUAGACUUGUGGAGGAACAAGCAUGAUGGGGAUAAUAGUCUUAAAGGAGACAUUGUUCAUAAUCAGAAGGAGGAGGAAAGAAAGACUUGUUCAUUUUGAUCUUUGCUGUAGGUGGCCAGUUUUGUUUCUCAUAGGGAAAUCUGACCCACCUGUCACGUUGGCUCCUAAGGAACUGCUGUUGUAAGCGGCUCAUCAAGAGUUGAACUUCAUGUAGCCUUGUUGGGAAUAUGGAAAAGGAAGAAAGCCACAGGACUGCCCAUUCAGUCUUGGGAAGAUCUGGAUGAUUCUGCACAAGCAAAAAUGACUUGAAAUUUAUGUAUAGACACACCUCUACCAAUCCAUCUUCAGCUGACUGAAUGUUGUAUGAUAGCCCUUCUCCAAAGCAGGGGUGGAAUGUUCUGGUUUCACCACAGAUUUUCUACUCAUUUCAUUUUUGGAAUCAGCUUAUAGAUUCCAGGUCUCUUUUGUAUAUAACUUUUAUUCUUUUGCUUUUUUAAAAAAUAAUUUUGUUUCAUAUUUAAAGCACUUGUAUUAGUCAAUGAUUCAUGUUCAGCAUUAUUUGAACCAUUUGCCGUUACAGAAAGAGAAAUACUUAUUUGUGUUUUAAAUAAAACUGGUGUAGGAAAGUC